GCGUACAAAGCCCACCUCUGCACGUUCAAGCCUACCAAAUAUGAAGAUUUACAAUGGGCUGAAAUGUACAUCUAUAAAACUGUCUAUUCCCAAACUUAUGGCGGUUGUUUGAAGAAGUGUGUCGAAGAGUUCCCUGAAUGUGCCAUAGUUGGUAUACAGGCAGAAGGCUCUGAUUAUCUGUGCUACAUUUAUGCUCUGAAUAGCGCUCUCAACUACAACCCGUCGCCUGGCGGAUAUUCUAUGGAAAUUUAUGUGUUGGAAAGAAACAAAGUUGAUGUCGAAUGCCCAUUGGCGGCACAUGUGUUCCCAUGA